AUGGGGUUAGAACAAAAUUGGCUAGUUAGAAGAUACAUCAAUAUUGAUGAAAAAAGUGAAGGCUCAACAACAAUGGCCAUUUUCACUGGGCUUUUUGUUGCAUUUGGUGGUGUUCUUUUUGGUUAUGAUACCGGUACAAUCUCUGGUAUUUUGGCAAUGCCUUAUGUUUUGAAGCAUUUCCCAGAAGAUGAGCCUGGUGUUGAUGGUGGUGAAGGUGUUUUUACAUCCUCCGAACAUUCUUUAAUUGUUUCAAUCUUGUCUGCUGGUACUUUCUUUGGUGCUUUAUUGGCUCCUUUGAUCUCUGAUACUUUGGGUCGUCGUUGGACUUUGAUCAUUUCAACAACUAUUGUUUUCAAUCUAGGUAUCAUUUUACAAACUGCUGCAACCAACAUUAAUCUUUUAGUUGCUGGUCGUGUUUUUGCUGGAUUGGGUGUUGGUUUAUUGUCUGCAUGUGUUCCAUUAUACCAAGCUGAAACAGUGCCAAAAUGGAUUCGUGGUGCCAUUACUUCUUCCUAUCAAUUUGCAAUCACCAUUGGGUUAUUAUUAGCUGCUAUUUUCAAUCAAGCAACCCACAAGAUUGAUAGCACUGCUUCUUACAGAAUUCCAAUUGCCUUGCAAUUCUUAUGGUCGAUCAUCUUAACUGUUGGUAUGUUGUUCUUACCUGAGACUCCAAGAUUUUAUGUCUCCAAAGGUAGAAAUGAAGAAGCUGCUAAAUCUUUAGCAAGACUUAGAAGAUUACCUGCUGAUCAUCCGGCUUUAGUUGAUGAAUUAGGUGAAAUCAUUGCAAAUUUCGAAUUUGAAUCUGUUCAUGGCAAAAGUGGUUGGCUUGAUUGUUUCAGAACAUCUAAUCAUCAAUUAAAAAGAUUAAUCACUGGUAUCUUCUUACAAGCAUUCCAACAAUUAACUGGUAUCAAUUUCAUUUUUUACUUUGGUACAACAUUCUUCAAAAAUUCCGGUAUUAAGAAUGAAUUUUUAAUUCAAUUGGCAACCAAUAUCGUAAACGUUGGAAUGACUGUACCAGGUAUCCUCUUGGUGGAAUUAUUAGAUCGUCGUACCUUACUAUUGGGUGGUGCUGCUGGUAUGUGUGUCUCUGAAAUGUUGAUUGCAAUCAUUGGUGUGUCCACUAAAUCAGAUGCUGCUAACAAAACAAUGGUUGCUUUUACUUGUAUCUUUAUCUCAUUCUUUGCUUCAACUUGGGGUUGUGUUGCUUGGGUUGUUGUUGGUGAAUUGUUUCCAUUAAGAACUAGAGCCAAGUCUGUUGCAAUGUCCACUGCAAGUAACUGGUUAUGGAAUUUUGCCAUUGCUUAUGCAACACCAUAUUUGGUUGAUGAUGCUCCUGGCUCUGCAAGAUUGCAAUCAAAAGUCUUCUUCAUUUGGGGUGGUUGUAACUUCUUAUGUUUCUUCUUUGCUUACUUCUUUGUCUAUGAGACUAAAGGAUUGUCUUUAGAAUCUGUUGAUGAGUUGUAUGAUACUGUUCCUAGUGCCUGGAAAUCAAGGGGAUUUGUUCCAACUGAUCAUAAAUUCACAAGGGAAUUGGGCCAUAGAACUGGUGGAAGUGUUGUUGCUAGUGAAGAUGAAGAAUUAGGAGGUGAGAAGCAGCAAACCACAAAUGUUGAACGUUUACCAACUGGUCAGGAAUCAGUUUGA